UAAAAGGGGUCUGCUGGUAGCAUACCUUUCCAUUCGACCUGCACAUUCCUGCAUUAUACAUACACACACCAAUUCAAAGUCUUUAUAACUCACCGACUUAUCGACAAUGCGUUUCUCCAUCAUCGCUACCUUCACCGCACUCAUCGCUGCACCCGCCGCCCUUGCCCAAGUCGGCGUCCAUUGCGGAACGACGAGCGAUGCGACCUUGUCCGACUGCCAGGCCCUUGUUGAUUCCGGAACUUGGAAUGGCGAGUGGGCAGGCAAAGGCAACGUCUGCCAUUACAGCAACCCAUGGAACGGGGACAUAAAUGCCGUCGCCUACAACGUCGCGUGCCACGGCAACUGCUGCGUGUACGUCGCGCGUUCCGGAAACCCAGACAAAGAGCAGACUAGGAAAGAAGCUCAGGGUCUUCUUGGUUGCGGCGAUACCGGUUCUAACAAGAUCAAUGGUCUCGACUAUUUCCCGGACGGGCAUGGCGUGUGCUUGGGGGGCCGAGACGCUUGCGGUGAUUGCUUUGAUGACCAAGACUUUGACAACUCUUCGAACUAAGAAGUUGGACAUCGUUAGCUUCUUUGAUUUUUAGCUACGUAUUAUUGGACUAUUGCGGAAGUUAGCUCGAAUGCGGGAGUAUGCAGAGAAUGUACAUACUAUGUGAAGACGAUACUAGUCAAGGUGUUUGAUGGUGUUUUUGAGAAAUGGAU